AUGGAAACCCUUGAAAACGGCACAGAUCCAAUGCUCUCGGCCGCCUUCAGUGGUCAUAAUCACUGUCGUGAUUAUGAUGAUCACCUACUGGCUUCGUACGAUAGCUACAUUCCGUUAAAUAUCGUACGGACUCAAAAUGGUUUGGAGACUGUAAGAAGUCUUAAUGAGAUUGAAUCACAUAAUGCCCACGGUAGACUGAUUAGUCAUGAAGGUUGCUACAUGAGGAAUGCUGAAGAUUCUGGAGCGCAAAGUCUGAAUUCAGGGAGUUUGUACAGAGAAUCAGCUAAACAUCACGAUGUGACUGAAUGUUCUUCAAAUGAUUUGAAUGAAUCAAAGAAUUGUGCGUCAGGGGAUUUGCACCGUGUUCCAAAUGAUGCAAAUGUUCAUCGUGAAUCUCGUAGCAUCAACUUGAGUCAUGAAGAGCCUAUACAUCGUGAGGAUCAUCUGCAUCUGCGCCAUGAUGAUCCCAUACAAAUUCAUUGUGAAAAUCCUCUGCGUCUACAACGCGAAGACCACCUCCACCGUGACGACCACCUCCACCGUGACGACCGCCUCCACCGUGACGACCCCCUUCACUUACACCGGGAACCCGACGCCCUACUCGGCCAGUACGAUGUGCUGGAAACAAACAACGCCAAGUACGCGCCAGACGCUUCGAGGGCCCUCCAGACGCCCACUUCACUGCCCUACGAGCACUUCAUGGACCGUGCGCAUCAAGAACAACAAAGAUACAAUUUGGCUUAUACUAUCAAGUACGAGUACGAUACAGGCAAGCCGAUCGGCAUGGACGAUCUGACCAACCUACAACAGACUCAUUGUGGUAGAGAAGUGACGGUGGGUUACCGUAAAAUUUUGUUAUUGAAAAAUUGAAAAAUUUUAGGUUUUAAAAAAAUUUUUUCAUUUUCAAAAAAAAUUUUUCAGACCUAUCAAUACGACUUCACCCCCCAAACCGACCUCCAAAUCCCAUACCAGGACACUUUUUACGAACAGAGUAUUCGAAUACCAAAACGUGAGACAUACGACCCGACUUAUUCGAAUUUCACACUCUCCGAAUCGGUGGUCGAAAACCAAACAGUCGUAAGUCGUUUUUCGAGCACUUUGAGAAGGUUUUUGAAAAUGUGAAAUUUUGAUGACAUUCUUUAUGAAACGACACCUUUAAGGGUUUUUUUUGAAAAAAUGUGCCAUAAUAUGAUCAAAACACAUAAAAAAGCUUCAUGAUAACAUAUUUUUUUAAAAUUUAAGAAAAUGUGUUAUGAUGACAUAUUAUAUGUCGUGAUGACACAUUUUCUGGAAAUUUUAAAAAGUUGUCACUACGACUUCCUUUUUUUUAAAUUACAAUAAAAUAAGUCAUUAAAACAUUUUUAAAAAUACGUCACCAUGACAUAUUUUGUGUCAUGAUGACACAUUUUCUGGAAGUUCUAAAAAAUUGUCAUUACGACUUAUUAUAGUCAAAAUUACAAAAAAAAAUAAGUCAUGAUGAACUAUAUGUUAAGAUCAGUAAAUGUUGUUUAAAAAUUAAAAAAAAAGUGUUUUUAUCUUUAAAUACAAAAAAUUUUAAGCCAAUUUAUUUUUGAAAAUCCGGGCUUUAAGGCAUUCAAAAACAAAGCCUGCUUGAGAAUUCGGGGUGUUAGCCAAAUAGACAAAUUUUGGUGGCAAAUUAGGAGCGAAAAAAAAACUUUUGCCUUUUUUAUUUUUGGUUGCGCCAAAAAAGCCCCUCUAAAUCGGGGCAUUUAAAUUUAAGCGUCUCGGUUUUUGAAUCCUUCCCCCCCCUUCUUAGGAAUCGGGAUUGCUAUAAAAAGCGCUUAGGGAAUGUAUCCUUAAAACCUGGCUUUGUUUUUUACCCUGCCUUUGCCUUGCCUUGCCAUUAUGGUUUUUUUGGCUUGGAAUAGCUCGGCUUGGCUUGGCUUGGCCUCCCUUGCCUUGCCUCGCCUUUGCCCUGCCUUUGCCCUGCCUUUGCCCUGCCUUUGCCCUGCCUUUGCCCUGCCUUUGCCCUGCCUUUGCCCUGCCUUUGCCCUGCCUUUGCCUUGCUAUUACCCUACCCCAUUCUUCUUGAAUUACCUUUACCAUGCCCCUGUCUUACUUUUUAAAAAUUUGACGUACUACCUCCCCCCCCUCAAAAAAAAAACCCCGGCUCAUACCCAUUUGUCCAGUUAACAUUAAUAAUUUUGCUUUUCUUUUUAAUACCCCCCCCUUGCGCAAAAUCCCCGACGCAAUGAACCCGAAGGGAAUCUGUGGAUGACAUUUUUAAGACAUCAUGGCAACAAUCCCCCCUAACCCAAGCGGGAGUCUUAAAUUAGCGGCGACGCGUUUUAUUUCAUUUCUCGGCCGCCAAAGUUGAUGAAAUUGGCCAAAGUUAAAGGCGACUGGGCUGAUUUGAUUGUCUAGGGCAAUGACUUUUUUAAUGUUUGUUAGGGACAGUAAUUUUUUGAUUAAGAUAUGGCUUAGAAAAGGCGUGGGUUAAAAUUUGGUCCGAACUUUAGGUUGUGUAGGACAAGGCAAGGGCAAGGCUAGGGCAAGGCUAGGGCAAGGCUAGGGCAAGGCUAGGGCAAGGCUAGGGCAAGGCUAGGACAAGGCUAGGACGAGGCUAGGGCAAGGCUAGGGCAAGGCUAGGGCAAGGCUAGGGCAAGGCUAGGGCAAGGCUAGGGCAAGGCUAGGGCAAGGCCAGGGCAAGGCUAGGGCAAGGCUAGGGCAAGACUAGGGCAAAGCUAGUGCAAAGCUAAGGCAAGGUUAAGGCUAGGAUAAGGCAUGGGUAGAACAAGGCUAUGGCCUUGCCUAGCUCAAUUUUUUACGUGUAAACGGGCCGGGCCUUUCAUUUUCAGGUCCGGUUUGUCUUAAAUAUGGGUCAACGCCGGGUCGGCCUGGUCUGUUUUCUAUGUCUAGGUAUGGCAAGGUUAGACAAGGGUAGAGCAAGGAAAGGUAAGGGUAGGACAACGGUAGGGUAGGGUAGGGUAAGGCGGUGCCAAUUUUUUGUAUUUUUUCGUAUUUUACGCUUAAAAACAUAAUUUUGAAAUUUUUCGAAAUCCCGGCAAAAAACAUCUCAGAGAUUUUGUAGCAAGAUAAAUCGUAACCAACUCUCGCAAAACACAUUUGCAACGGAAGAGCUUUAAACACCCCACCCGUCGUACAUCAUCCUGUCAUGACGGGGGUUUAUGAGCUGCGGUCAUAUUAUUCGGCCGAGUUUUCUAAUCUCGUGCUCUCGAAUUGAUACACAAAUGUCAGGAAAACGGCAGAUACACUUCAUUAUAGGAUGCUGAUAUAGGGUUAUAAUUUGAACGUACUAUUUAAUCUUUGAGUACGAUUUUAAGGUAGUACUACAGUAGUCAGCAUAGUUCUAUGAUAGUUCUCAGUACGGUAAUACUAUAGUAGUACAGUCUUAGUAAUAUGGUAGUUUUAAGUACGACCGAAUGAUAGUACUGGCAUAUAUCUGAGAAAGAUAAUAUGGUAAUACUAUUAUAAGUUUCAGUACGACAGUAUGAUAGUACUAUUAAAAUUUUAAGUACGAUAGUAUGAUAGUAAAAGCAUAAUUCGGAGUACGACAUUACGAUAGAACUAUUAUAAUUAUGAGUUCAGUAAUAUGAUAGUGCUAUGAUAGCUUCAAUUACUAUAUUUUCAUAGUACUAUAAUAGUACUAUGUACCAUAUCAUGACAGUACUUCAAUAGUACUCAAUAGGAUUUAGCUAUAGUACUAUGACAAUAUUAAGUAAAACCAAAAGGCUUCAAAAAACUAACUUAAACAUGACAUUAACAUUAGAACCUUAUGUAAAUAGGUACAAACUACUAUGAAUAACAACAAUUUGUAUUUUAAAUACAAAAAAUAAGAUUUUCAUUUGGUCAAUAGACUAAAACAAAAGUCGCUAUCUUGUAGUAUGAUGUGGGUAUUAAAAAUAAUGUCACAUUGAAUUUUUGAAAAAUCGUUGCACGGUGCAGCAAUUUUUUAUUUUGUCGAUGUACCAUUUGGGAUGUAGUGCAAAAAUUUUUGUUUUUCUUUUGCUGUGCCAUUUGGGUUGUACAUUAGGUAAAAAAACUGUAAUUUGUUUUAAUAUGUACUCAUGUAAAGCUACUAAAACUAUUUUUACAUAUAUUGUCUUAAAAAGAAUGGCACAAUGAAUUUUCGAAAAAUCAUUGCACUGUGCGACAAUUUUUACUUUUGGCCUAGUGUCCUUUUUAAUGUACCUUAUAAGGCUACUGAAAGCAUUUAUACUUUGAUUGUUUAAUAGAUAAUGACACAAUGAAUUUUCAAAAAAUGAUUGCACCGUGCAAUCCAAAAAAAAUUUUUGUAUUAUUUUUAAAUUUUUGCAUAUUGUACACACUAACGGCAAACCUAUACAUCAGCCGGUUCCGGUUUCCGCUCAAAAGUUCAUUCCGGAGAUUGGAGGGCAACCUCAUGAAUAUGCAAAUGCGAACAUAAGAAGAGGCUUUAUUGUUUAAGAGGAACAACUCCAAGAGUUUCGCCCAACAAAGCCCUCCUUCUGCCACCAGAAAUUAUCUUUUUGUCCUUUUCGAGGACAUUCUUCAUGCAAUGACAAAACAUCUGCAGGUCUCGGCCGACUAACAAUGAACAAACGUGCCUGCACAAAGACAGUACUAUAGCACUUGAAAUUACAUUACAGAGUAACAUAUUAUGAGGGAGUAGGGUAGGGUAGAGUAGGGUAAGGUAGAAUAGAGUAGGUCAGGGUAGGAUAGGGUGGGUAAAGCAUAAAAAAGUAAAGCGGCAUGGGCACGUUAGGCCAAGGCAAAGCAGUAUAUGUCACGGCAGAGUACGGUAGGAUAAGGUAUGGUAAAGUAAAACAGAGCGUAGGGACGGGUAGCUCAGAGCAAACCAAAGCAUGGCAGGGUAAGGCAGGUCUGAGCGAGGCAAGGCAGAGUACAGUAGGAUAGGAUGAGGUAGGGUAGGCUAGGGUAGGUUAAAGCGUUGAAAGGCUGUGCAUAGGCAUGGGAAGGUCAGGGCAAAGAGGACCGAAUCGGGCUUGGUAAAGUGAGGUCGGGUACUUCAAGGCAGGGUAGGACAAGGUAGGGUAAGGUAGGGUAGGGCAGGGUAGGGUAGGGUAGGGUAGGGUAGGGUAGGGUAGGGUAGGGUAGGGUAGGAUAGGAUAGGGUAGGGUAGGGUAGGGAUUAAUUCAAUCGCCGCGGCCGUGUUUUACCGCCGAUGCCCUGGGGGAAUAGCUUGCUGAUUCAGCUCCAACCGGUCGUAAAAAGAGCACAUAAAGUCAAGAGACGUCGUUUUUGAGAUGACACAAGCGUUUUGAACAAAUGUAUCAAAAUGGCACUGGGUUAAUGUCAAAAGCAACAAAAGUGGUACCAAAACAAGAAAAAAUGGUACCGAAAGCAUAAAAAUAGUACCAUAAGCUCAAAAUAGUACUAAAAUUAUUUUCAAAGCCUAAAAUGUCACAAAUAGAGACAGAUACAUCCAAAAAUGGCGCAGAAAGAGAGAAACGUCUGAAACAUUUUUAAAUUCGAUACAACCCCCCUGAGGGUUGUUCAACUGAAUGACUCACAUUUAAAACUUAUUUAUGUUGUAACUGAGUUUAAGAUACGAUUACAAGCCUUCACAUGAGCAAAUUGAAUUCUGGCAUGUUGCCAAGAAACGUAAAAAUGCCAUACAAAUUGUAAAAGGCGAGAAAACAAUUGUAAAAACUUUGUUUAAAAAAUACAAAAGCAGGCAAAAUUAUUUAAAUUAAAAUUUUUUUCAAAUUUUUUUUAGAACAUGCCUUUUUUAAAGUUUAAUUGCUAUUGCACCGUGCAAAGAUUUUUAUUUUUUGCACUGUGCAAUUUCUAGGUUACUUUAGGUACCAAAUAUUAUCAUAACAUUUAGUAUGCACCUAUAAAAACUUACUGAGGCUAUUUUUACUUUAAUUACUUAAAUAAUAAUAACACAGUAAAUUUUUGAAAAAUCAUUGCACCGUGCAUUAAAUUUUAUUUUUUUGCACUGUGCAAUUUUUAGCAUACUUUAAGUAACAACUACUAAUUUAGCAGUAAGUAUAAGUUGCUUUAACAAUAUUAAAACUUAUUUUAUUUUGAUUCUCUAAGAAAUAAUGGCACAAUAAAUUUUUGAAAAUUGACCGCACUGUGCAACCAAAAAAUUUUUUUUGCACCGUGCAAAAAAAUCAUAAAAGUAACUUUAAAAUAAAAAAAAAUUAAAGGAAGAAUUUUCAGGACCCAGCUCCAUCCUCCUCGUCCUUGGACAAUGAACAACGAAUCUCGACUUCAGAGCCAGAAAACAAUGUUUUGGAUGGUGAAGAACUGAAUACUCGAGAGUUGGCUCAGCGCAUAUCUAGCGAAUUGAAACGCUAUUCUAUUCCUCAGGCCGUUUUCGCACAACGUGUUUUAUGCAGGUAGGAUAAGAUUAGGCUACGAGGGCUAUCUUUAAAAACUUUUAAUAAAAGGUGUGUCACGCUGCCUGCGGGUGACAAGUCAUACGAUGAAUGCUAUAUCUUGUUUUGUAAAGAAAGUUCUUGCCAUUUAUCUUUUUGUAAAGAAAGUUCUUGCCGUUUUUUGUCUUGUAAAGAAAGUUCUUGCUAUUUUUCGUUUUGUAAAAAAAAUUCUUGCCAUUUAUCUUUUUGUAAAGAAAGUUCUUGCCAUAAAAUCCAAACAUUACGUUUAUUUUUCAGUUUAUUACGGUAAUUUCAAAAAACGUCAAAAUUGGCCAAAUUAAGAAUGUCAUUUCAUUUCAUAACUCUUUUUGAGGACAUAAAAUUCAAAUAGACACUUCCACCUUUAUGGACCACACAUACCACUUAUGGGCUUGUUUUACUCGCAUAAAACUCGGUUUAACGAUUUUCGAAAAUAAUUGUCAUUUUUCAAAAAAAAAAUUAAAAACUAAAAAUUAAUGCUAUUUGGAAGGGCAUGGCAAGAACUUUCUUUCCAAAAACAAAAAAUAAUAAUUAUCGUAUAAAAUGUCUUCCGCAGGCUGCAAAACACAAAAUCUGUUAUUUUAAUUAGAAAUGGCAAGAACUUUCUUUACAAAACAAAAAACGGCAAGAACUUUCUUUACAAAUCAAAAAAUUGCAAGAACUUUCUUUACAAAAUGAAAAAUAACCAUAACUUGCUAUCCAGCAUUCACAAUGUAAAUCAUCGUAUAACUUGUCACCAGCAUGCUGCAGACGCAAAUUUUUGUUAUUUGGCUUUAAAAUGGCAAUAACUUUCUUUACAAAACAAAAAAACGCAAAGACUUUCUUUACAGAGCAAAAAAUGGCAAGAGCUUUCUUUACAUGACAAAAAAUGGCAAAAACUUUGUUUACAAAACAAAAAACGGCAAGAACUUUCUUUAAAAAUCAAAAAUUGGCAAGAACUUUCUUUACAAUACAAUGAAUGUAGCUUUUAUGUCAUUUUUAAUUUGGCUUUGUCUUUUUUGUGCUUUUUACAAUUUUUUGUUACAGUAUCCAUUUCGUCAUUAUUUUUUAAAGAUGAUGAAAUUUCUUAAUAUUCUAUAUAAUAUGAUGACAUUCCUUUAUAUUCAAAAUACAAUGAUGACAUUUCCAGAUCACAAGGCACCUUAUCAGAUCUAUUGCGCAAUCCCAAGCCCUGGGGCAAGUUGAAGAGCGGUCGGGAGACGUUCCGCCGCAUGGCCAAAUGGCUUCAGGAACCGGAACUUCAACGAAUGUCGGCGCUUCGUUUGGCAGGUGAGGAGAGGAGAAGCCACCAUAAAGGACCGGAAAUGCGAAGAGAAGCGGCCCAAACAUAAAAAAAAAUCUGGGUUUGGGCUGGAAAAUGACGAAAAAAAUAAAAAAAAUUUAAAAAAUUCAAAAAAAAAAUAAAAAUUGAGUGUUUUCGACAAAAAUUUCAAGAAAAAAAUUCAUUUUAAAUGUUGUAAAGAAAGUCCUUGCCAUUUUUUGUUUUGUACAGAAAGUUCUUGCCAUUUUUUGAUUUGUAAAAAAGCUAGAUUUUGUAAUUUGCACCCUGCGGGAGACAAGUUAUACGACGACGAGCAUUUUAGAAACCGAAAAGCAAGUUCUUGCUAUUUUGCCUUUUGUAAAGAAAGUUCGUACCAUUUUUUUGUUCUGUAAAGAAAGUUCUUGCCAUUUGAGAGCCAAACACAAAAAAUUAGCGUAGUGCAGCCUGCGAGUGACAAUAUAUACGAUGAUUAGCAUUUUAGGCUCUGAAAGAAGUUUUUGCAAUUUUUUGAUUUGUAAAGAAAGUUCUUGCCAUUUUUUGUUUUGUAAAGAAAGUUCUUGCCAUUUUUUGUUUUGUAAAGAAAGUUCUUGCUCUUUCUUGUCUUGUAAAGAAAGUUCUUGCCAUUUUUUGUUUUGUAAAGAAAGUUCUUGCCAUUCUAUCCAAAUCACCCCUCCCCCCCCCUUCCUUAGCCUACUAACCCCUUAAAGAUGAUGUUUGUUUAUGCAAAUCGCCCAAGAUUAUAUUGUAAUAGAUGAGGUUGGCGAAAAAACAAAUGUUUGAGGCUUCAAACUUUUUGCCCUCCCCAAUGACCAUUCGUCACCGCUUAGGCUUAAGGGACCACCAUAUUGUAAAAGAGGAGGGGGGGAGGGUUGUAUCAGGGCGCCGAAUCUCCGCGCAUCUAUCAAUCAUGCCUUAGGGGUUUGUUUCUCAUGGCAUUAAAAAGUUUGAAAUAAGGGAUGAUACAUCAGGUAGACUUUGUCAUUAAAAUCACGGUAUUGUAAUUUGAAAUUUAAGAUUUUGUAAAGAAAAUUUUUGCCACUUUUUGUUUCGUAAAGGAAGUUCUUGCCAUUUUUCGUUUUGUAAAGAAAGUCCUUGUCAUUUUUUGUGUCUCAGCACUGUGCAGUUACUAAAACCGUCUGCACCGUGCACCUAAAUAAAUUCAUUCAUUGCACGGUGCAACAAAUUUUCUUUUAUUCACUGCUCUUUUUCUAUCGUAUUUUAGGUAACAAAUACUAGUCAAUCUUUUAAUACCGUCUAUUCUAAAGAUGUUUAAAUAAUUUUCAUUUUAUUAUCUUUUAAAAUGACACCACAAUAAAUUUUUUUAAAAUUUUUGAACUGUGCAACAAAGUUUCUUUCCUUCACUGGUCGCUUCCUAUAACACUUUAGGUAACAAGUCGUAAUCUAUCUAUUAAUAAUAUUUAUUUUAAAGAUAUAAAAACAAUUUUUAUUUACCUAUAUUUUAAAAAUGCGUCCCAUAAAAUUUUUAAAAAACGUUUGCACUGUGCAGUCCAAAAAGACCAUUGCACCGUGCAAAAUAAUUUUAAAAAAUAAUUUAAAAACAUUAAACAUCAAAAAAUAAUUUCAAAAUUUCAGUAGUCUCGUCAUGCAAACGAAAAGAAGAGCACCAGAAUCCGCAGAUCGGGCAGAAGAAGCCUCGGCUGGUGUUCACCGACGUGCAACGACGCACUUUGCAGGUGCCUGACCUUUCCUGAGCUUAAACACCUUUUCGUAGGUUGUAAUAUGUCAAAGUUCAACUUAUGGAUAGCUUUCUUUUCGGUUUCUUGAGGAAAAUAUAUUGGAUAAAUGGCAGGAAAAUAGAAAAUUCAAAAAAUUUUUUUAAAAAUUUUAAAAAAUUAAAAAAUAUAAAGUUUUAAAGUUUGUAAAGAAAGUUCUUGCCAUUUUUAAUAUCAAAAAACCUUUUUCAGCCUUUCUGUCUUUAAAAAGCAGGUCUUUUGCACUGUGCAAGCAAAAAAAAUCUACUGCACCGUGCAACAAAUUUUCUGUUUAGCGCUGUGUCAUUUUCGGGUUAUGUUAGGUGACAAUUGUUAUCUUAACUGUUAGUAGGCUCUUAUAGAAAACCAUUAACACUGUUUUUAUUUUUGUCGCUUCAAAAAUAAUGGCACAAUGAAUUUUUGAAAAAUCACUGCACUGUGCAAUCCAAACUUUGAUUGCACAGUGCAAAAAAUUUAAAAAAUUAAGAAAAAAGUCGUUUUUAAAGCUCAAAACUUUAAAAUCCAUGCCAUUUAUUUAUAUUUUUGCCACUUUGUUACCAACCUAUAUCAAAAAAUAAUCGCAAAUUCCCCAAUUUUUAAAAUUUUAAAAAUUUUGAAAUUUUGAAACUGGAUCUCUUCAGGCCAUCUUCAAAGAAACAAAACGGCCGUCGCGUGAGAUGCAAAUGACAAUAUCGCAGCAUUUGGGGUUGGACCUGACAACAGUGGGGAACUUUUUUAUGAAUGCGAGACGUCGCGGAUACGACCGGUAUGACGAUGAGUAUGAGUCGGAUACGGACUAUAAGGAUCAGGUGGAGCAGCAUUGUGAUAAUAAUGGUACUAAUAUCACUGAUAGAACUAAUAACGGUACUAGUGGUUUCGAAUACGUUGGUUUUGGUACUGGACUUGAGGCCAAUAAUACUGUUUUUGGCUGCAAUGGUACCGUAGAGCAUCAGAAUAGUACUACACUAAACGUAAAUAGUGCUAUAUGUGGUAUAAGUGGUACUAGUAAAACAAGCACAACUGGUGCUAUUUUAAAACUAGAACCACCAGCUUACAGUAUGACACUUCAUGAAGACGUAAAUCUUACAGUACCCUACAGUAUUCGCAGCAUAACGCCUACCAUGCCCUACAGUACCAGCAACUUUGAACCUACAGUAGGCAGUAUUAUUGUCAAUACAGAGCCCACAGUAGAAAGUAUUGAAUUAGAUACUAAGCCCACAGUUAUCUACAGUACCAGCAGUAUACCUCCUACAGUAGCCUACAAUACAAACAAAAAUUUUGGUUUUAGUACCACAGUACUACCAAGUACCAGCCAGAGUACAAGUCAUACUGAGCACAACAGCAGUUUUAGUACCAAACAACAAAGUUCAUCAGUACCACCUACUGCACCUACUACAAUAUCGCCUACUACUAGAAGAUUGUCCGACCCUAUAGUAUGCUUUUCUCAAAGUUACUGUAAGAAAGACAGUACGAUUGUAAAGGUUGAAGCCUUAUCUACCAGUCCAAAAACGUCCGUACCGACAUCAGAAUCUCGAUUUCAAACUCACAGUAACCAUCUGCAAACCUACAGUAACCCACCUGAAACCUAUUGUACCAAACUUCAACCGAGCAGUAACCUUAAAGAAGACCCCGUUUAUCCACCCCCAAAAGCUGAAUACGCACCUUCUGAAGCCUCUACCACGCCGUCCACUCUGUCUACCGUAUCUCAUUCCAUAUCACCGCCAUGUGAUAACGCACCCUACUGUUCUGCUUCGUAUCUACAUGAUAAUCGACUGGAAAUGACCAGUUCGUAG